AUGACAGUCGAGCUACAGCGAUCACCACCGUGAGCCGACGUGAUACUAUCUUUACCACCAACGGAUUUACGUCAACUCAUCGCAACACAUAGCUACAGCCCGAUCAUGCUGAUGAGACCCGUGACGACCAUGGCGCGGGCGCGCUAUUCUCGGAUCCUCCUCAGGCCAGCGACGAGAUCCUACGCGACCGCCGACAAGCCUCCUUCGGCUGUGGCCAACUUUUACAAGACUUUCACGCGGCCGACGCUGAAGGUCCUCCUCAUGGCGACACUGACAUACCAAAUCGCCUACCUGGCGUGGACCAAACUCGAGAUGGAUGAAAUCAAGGCGGGAGCGAACACAAGAGGUCCAAACCCUCGAGCACAAGUGACGAGCUAA